AUGCCUCCCAAGAAGACCUCCACCCCCUCCAAGGCAAAGGCCGCUCCCACCGCGCCCGCCCAUGGCUCCUACAUCGAAAUGGUAAAGGACGCUAUCGUCAACCUUAAGGAGCGCAAUGGAUCCAGCCGUCAAGCAAUCCAGAAGUACAUCCAGGCCAACAACAACAUCGGCAACCUUAGCGAUGCUGCCUUCCGCAGUCACGUCAACCGCGCCAUCACCUCUGGUGAGGAGAAGGGUGACUUUGCACGUCCCAAGGGCACCUCUGGACCAGUGAAGCUUGCAAAGAAGGAGGCCAAGCCUGCUGCUGCCGCCACUACCAAGAAGGCUGAGCCCAAGGCUGAGAAGAAGACCACCGAAAAGAAGACCGUUGAGAAGAAGACGACUGAGAAGAAGGUCCCUGCUGCUAAGAAGGCCACCGCCACCAAGGCUAAGGCUGCCACUACCACCAAGGCUGCUGCUGCUCCCAAGAAGGCCGUUGGACGUCCCAAGAAGGUCACUGCUGCCGCUGCCACCACUACCACCAAGGCUGCCCCUGCUGCUAAACCCAAGGCCAACGCCAGCAAACCUCGCAAGGCCGCUGCCACCUCAGCACCCGCUGUCGAGGAAGAGGUUUCGCGAGUCCUCGGCAAGACUAAGUCUGGUCGCGUCACCAAAACCAAGGCACCCGCCACCGCCUCACCCAAGGCAGCCAAGGCCACCAAGAAGGCACCCGCAGCAAAGAAGGCCGCCCCGGCAGUGAAGAAGGCCACGACCCCCAAGAAGAAGGCUACCCCCAAGAAGGCCACACCAAAGGCCAAGGCAUGA